UUGUUUUUCAGUCCCACAAUAUCUUCCUUAAAUACUGAAGACAAACACAAAGCCAAUUCAUUACACCCACCAUGGAUUUCAACAUCCAGCAAACGCUCAAACCACCCCAUCUGGCCAUUGUCCCAAGUCCAGGACUAGGCCAUCUCACUCCCCUCAUCGAGCUAGCCAAACGACUCGUCGUCCACCACAACUUCGCCGUCACAUUCAUCAUCCCAAAUGACGGGUCAUCCAUGACGCCCCAAAAGAAAAUCCUUGAAGCAGUUAACCUUCAAUCCAUAUCAUCCACCUUUCUCCCUCCCAUAGACCUCGAUGACCUCCCCAAGGACGCUCAUAUCGUAGCACGAAUCAUACUCACCAUGACUCGAUCCCUCUCCGCUCUACGAGACUCUCUAAAGGUCCUAAAUGAGUCAACUCGUGUAGUAGCACUUAUAGUUGACGUUUUGGGCUCGGACGCAUUUGAUGUGGCCAUUGAAUGCAACGUGGCACCUUACUUGUUUUGGUCAUCGAAUGCAAUGUCUUUGUCUUUUGGGUUUUAUUUACCAAGCCUUGACGAGACCACUUCUUGUGCAUACCAGGACAUGCUUGAACCAGUCCAGCUCCCCGGUUGCGUACCGCUCCACGGUAGAGAUUUUCUGGACCCGGUUCAUGAUAGGAACAAUCUGGGAUACAAAGCCACACUUAGUGUAAGCAAGAAGUUCAAGUUGGCUUAUGGGAUUAUGGUAAACAGCUUCAUGGAUUUGGAACCUGAAAUUUUUAAGGCUUUGAAAGAUGCCCAAGUGUCACAAGGUUUUCCAGCGGUUUAUCCAGUCGGACCGAUGAUUAAACCCAGUUCAACCGGCAAAUCAGAUGGAGGAGAGCACGAGUGCUUAAGCUGGCUAGACAGUCAGCCACGUGGGUCCGUGUUCUUUGUAGCAUUUGGGAGCGGCGGGACCCACUCACUUGAGCAGAUGAAGGAGUUGGCUUUAGGGCUUGAAAUGAGCGGCCAGAGGUUUCUUUGGGUUGUGAGGACCCCAAAUGAGACAACUAAAAAUGGUACUUAUUUUAGUUCUGAUGCCCAACAGAAGGACCCGCUGAGUUUUUUGCCUGAUGGGUUUUUGGAAAGAACCAAAGGGGUGGGCUUAGUUGUACCAUCAUGGGCCCCACAAAUCCAAGUGCUGAGUCACGAGUCAACAGGUGGGUUCUUGACCCAUUGUGGGUGGAACUCAGCACUGGAGAGCAUUGUGAACGGCGUGCCUUUGAUUGCUUGGCCACUCUAUGCAGAGCAACCCACGAACGCAGUUUUGUUGGCUGAUGAUAUAAAGAUUGCAUGGAGGGUCAAGAUGAAUGACAAAGGCAUAGUGGAGGCCCAAGAUAUUGCCAAGUAUGCAAGGGGCUUGAUUGAAGGAGAUGAAGGGAGAUUGCUAAGGAACAAGAUGAAGGAGUUGAAAGAGGCAGCCAAAGUGGCCUUGAGCCAACAAGGGUCGUCUACAAAAUCUCUAGCUGAGGUUGCUGAGAUAUUGAAGGGCCACAAGUGAUCCAUGCAUGAAGCGCUUCAACCAUAUUUGGACACAUUUCAACCUUUGUGUGCUUUUUUUAAUAAAAACUUGCUUUGCUUUAUUUUUAUUUUUAUGCAAUUUGUGAUGUAACAACUCUUAUCUUUGUAUGUGUAUAAACUCUCCGAUUCUGGGUUAGUGUCUGUAUCCAGAUCUUGUAGUAGUAUCUAUGAAAUAAAUUACUGUUUUUUUUGGAGAAAAA